AUGAUCGGCGACGGGAUGCUGACGCUGUCUCUGGCUCUCGCUGGCGUUCUUAGAGCUUCACCUCCGUAUGUUGCAAUGAUCACUCUACGCUACCUCAGACGCAGAGGUUUAGGCAUAGCAUGGAAGGCGUUCUUGGGUUGCACAGUGAUUUUCAUCACACUACAAAUUGCCAACUCUUUCCCGAGAAUGUCCAUACGGGAACGAAAGGCCUCUGCUCACGUGAUUCCUCAUAGCGAUGCGCAAGUGGAACAAAAAAACCAUGAACUCGUCCGUGAUAACAACGAUCCGCUCCAUGGAUCUCACCGUAAUGGCGCCUUCAUAUCGCAGUUCACCGAUGUAAUGAAGUCAAAUUUCUUGCAUCACGCGAAGAUCGAGGGAAAUGUACAAGAAGUUGCACCUACGAAACCGCCCACUAUUCAAGCACGAUCGAGCAGAGAGAAUGAAUUCUACGAGAAUAUCAUUGUGCAUUUCGAUUUGAAAGGAGCACCACCACGAGUCCCGUAUUUCCUGGAUCUCCUUGAUCUGGUGGCACGAUCUGGAGCCACUGGUGUCCUCCUGGAGUGGGAGGAUAUGUUCCCAUGGUCUGGACAACUAGAAGUGGCUAGAAAUGCGGACGCAUAUUCGCUCAACGACAUUCGAACAAUUCUCUCAAAGGCAAAGAGCCUUAAUCUUGACAUUAUUCCAUUGGUGCAAACUUUCGGACAUUUGGAAUGGUUCUUGAAAUUGGAAAAAUUUCGAAAGUACAGGGAAAAUGACGCUUAUCCGCAGGUGCUAUGUUUGGGUGACCCCGAGGGAGUUUCGAUUGUGAAGGAUGCCCUGAAACAGGUGAUAAACGUUCACAAGGAAUUCGGCAUCAAAUACUUCCAUAUCGGAGCAGAUGAGGCUUUUGAGUUCGGCGUCUGCGAAAAAUCUCAGGAAUGGAUUUCCGCUCAAGGGUCAUCCGCGAAUAAGCAGCUUUUAGCACUAACUCAUUUAAAGGAUAUCGCAGAAUAUGUGAAAGAAUUGACAGGAACAGCAACUGUGCUCUCCUGGCACGAUAUGCUCAAGGAUUUCGAUGUUCAUAUGAUCUCUGAUCUUGGCCUGGGAGCAAUUAUCGAGCCAGUGAUUUGGGAUUAUUCGGAACAGAUUGUUACCAUGCCGGAUGCUGCAUUCUCCACGAUAUCCACAAAUUUCCCCAUUGUCUGGGCGUCAUCAGCUUUUAAAGGAGCAAAUUUUCCGGCAGCUAAAUACAUUGACAUUCGGCAUUAUGAAACCAACAACCGUGCAUGGAUCCAGACAAAAAUAGAGCAAGAGAAAAAAUUUGUCAAAUUCCACGGUAUAAUCAUCACAGGAUGGCAAAGAUACGAUCAUAUGGCGGCAAUUUGCGAGAUACUACCGAUGGGAACGCCGUCGAUGGUGUUGAAUGUGCAGAUUGCGGUGCUCGGAAGAGCGGGGGACCAUCAUCUAACCAGGGACAGAGCCGCGCGAGUGCUCGGCUGUUCCCAAUUUCACGUUGGCGGUUUGGAUCUGGUGAGCAACAAAUGCAAUUUUACAGGAUUCAACGUCUACGCACUGUUUCAAGGAACAGCUAGACAGACGAUUUCCUACAUAGAAGCAGAACUAGAAAGAAAUCAUCAUAUUAUGGGAUGGUUGUCACCUUACAACAUGAAGAACAAUUUCACUCAGAAUUGGUACCUCAACCAGAUACAGUUCUUUAUUGCCAGUCAACAGGCACAAAUGACUUCUAUUGAAUAUGGAUUAAGAAGAGAACUCUCGCUGCUUUUUUUCAAUAAUACUGUCGACGAGUUCCUGUAUCUCACCGUGUCGCCUAUAGUGGAGCGUUUGAAGAAGUACAUGGACGAGAUUCAACGGUUGUCACAGUUGCGAACAUAUCCUAGACGACCGUUCAGGAUAAGCGCAUAG